AUGGACGUGGUGUUCGGAUUCGUGGGAUACGACUUCGCCGUGCUGGUCGCCGACCGCGCGGCGACGCAGCAAAUCAUAGUGCAAAAACUGGACGAGGACAAGAUCGUGGAGCUGGACUCGACGAAGAUCAUGGCGCUGAGCGGACCGAAGGGCGACUGCGUCGCGUUCGGAGAGUACCUGCGCGCGAACGUGCGGUUGUACCGGUUGAAAUAUGGACACGAGUUGGACGUGAGCGCGACGGCGCAUUACGCGAGGAAUGAACUCGCGGAGGCGCUGAGGAGCGGACCGUAUCAGGUGAACUGCUUGCUCGCGGGGUUUGAUAAAUUGAAAAACGAACCCGAGUUGCAUUUUAUGGAUUACUUGGCGACGUGUCAUCGGGUGAACACCGGAGGACACGGGUACGGGGGGAUGUUUUGCUUGUCGUUGUUCGAUAAGCACUGGGUGCCGAACAUGUCGAGGGCGCAGGCGAUGGAUUUGGUGGAUUUGUGCGUCGGCGAGGUGUGCGAGCGCUUGGUCACCGCGCCGACGGAUUAUUUGGUCAAGAUUGUCGAUAAGAACGGGUGCGAGACGAUCGUGUACGACGCCACCGAUCGGUUGAAGAAACGAAGAGAUUUGAUGGCGGACGUGGCGGCUCGCAUGGCGAGCAUGAACUAGGGCGACGCUUUUUACACUUUAACUUUAGUCUGUAGUA